AUGUCUCCCAAUCCUCCCCACACCUCCCUCGCCGUCGACCCCGUCGCCUUCGUCAUCUCAGAAUGCAUCACCGUCACCUCGGCCAUGCGCAAGCAUAAUCGAUGGGCUCAUUCCUCCGUCGCGGCGAUCCUCGGCGCCUCGGGUGUCUCCUCCCGUCUCUCCAACCCCCCCAGUCCUCGUUAUGAAGGAGCGGCCACCCCCGACAACCUCCCCCUCGCCAACCGCUGGGGUCUCCGCGGGAAGAAGGGCAAGAGCAUGCAGGACAAUCCCCUCAUCUCCGCCUUCACACGCCUGCGCGCCGACUUGAAAGAUUGCCGGGACAUUCGCGCCGUCGACGCCCCCGCCCUCCUCCAUCCUUUCCUCCAGGUCGUCCGCUCCUCCUCCACCUCCGCCGCCAUCACCUCCCUCGCCCUCGUCGCCCUCACCAAGUUCUUCGCCUACAAUAUCAUCCACCCCGACUCCCCCCGCCUCUCCCUCGCCCUGCAGCUCCUCUCCGCCGCCAUCACGCACUGCCGCUUCGAGGCCAGCGACUCCGCCGCCGACGAGAUCGUCCUCCUGCGCAUCCUCAAACUCAUGGAGGGCGUCCUCGCCCGCCCCGAGGGCGACCUCCUGGGCGACGAGAGCGUCUGUGAGAUGAUGGAGACCGGUCUCAGCAUGUGCUGUCAGGUCCGCCUCUCCGAGGUCCUCCGUCGUUCCGCCGAGAUGGCCAUGGUCAAUAUGUGUCAGGUCAUCUUCAUGCGCCUGUCCCGCUUGCCCCCCGCCCACCCGGCCCCGGCCGGCCUCCUCGAUCCCCUGGCCCACUCCGCCGUCGCCCCCUUCCUCAAGAUGGACCCCUCCGUCGACGGGGACUCCGUCGCCUCCCAACAUCCCUCCGCCAUGGGCGCCGACGCCGCCGUCCCCGACCGCGACCGCUCCAGCGCCGACGACGGACCGGCCGAUCCCAAUGCUGCUGCUGCUGCUGCUGCCGCCGCCCCGGCCCCCACCACCCGUCCCCACGACGAGCCCGCCGGCGUCGUCCAUCCUUACGGCCUCCCCUCCAUCCGCGAGCUCUUCCGCGUCCUCAUCGAUCUCCUCGACCCCCACAAUCGCCAGCACACCGACCCCAUGCGCGUCAUGGCCCUGCGCAUCCUCGACGUCGCCCUCGAGGUCGCCGGCCCCGCCAUCGCGCGGCACCCCUCCCUGGCCGCCCUGGCCCAGAACGACCUCUGCCGUCAUCUCUUCCAGCUCGUCCGCUCCGAGAACCUCGCCCUCCUCGCCGGCUCCCUCCGCGUCACUGGCACCCUGCUCCUCACCGGCCGCCCCGUCCUCAAGCUCCAGCAGGAGCUCUACCUCUCUUACCUCGUCGCCUGCCUCCACCCCCGCGUCGACAUCCCCCGCGAGCCCGGCAUCGACCCCGCCCUCUACGACGGCGUCCCCCAGGCCCCCAGCCUCGUCAAACCCCCGCCGCCCGCCUCCCCGUCCUCCACGAGCGGCCGCUCCACCCCGGUCCCCGUCAAGGACCGCCAGAAACUCGGCCUCGAGGGUGGCGCCCGUCGUCCCGAGACCCGCGAGGCCAUGGUCGAGAGCAUCGGCGUCCUCGCCCGCAUCCCCAGCUUCAUGGUCGAGCUCUUCGUCAACUACGACUGCGACGUCGACCGCGCCGACCUCUGCGCCGACCUCGUCGGCCUCCUCUCCCGCAGCGCCUUCCCGGACUCCGCCACCUGGAGCACCACCAACGUCCCGCCCCUCUGCCUCGACGCCCUGCUCGGCUACGUCCAGUUCGUCUACGACCGCCUCGAGGACGUCCCCGACGACCCCGCCGGCCACCCCCCCGCCGGCGUCCCCGCCCCCGACGCCCUGCGCGACCAGCGCCGCACCAAGCAGACCAUCAUCCACGGCGCCCAGAAGUUCAACGAGGACCCCAAGGCCGGCAUCGCCUACCUCGCCGCCCGCGGCGUCAUCGCCGACCCCGACGACCCCGCCCGCGUCGCCCACUUCCUCCACGGCACCUCCCGCGUCUCCAAGAAGGUCCUCGGCGACUUCCUGUCCAAGCGCUCCAACGAGGCCCUCCUCGACGCCUUCGUCGACCGCUUCGACUUUGCCGGCAAGACCGUCGUCGACGCCCUGCGCGACCUCCUCGGCUCCUUCCGGCUCCCCGGCGAGUCCCCCCUCAUCGAGCGCAUCGUCACCACCUUCACCGACAAGUACAUGCAGAAGGCCCAACCCACCGGCGUCGCCGACAAGGACGCCCUCUUCGUCCUGACCUACGGCAUCAUCAUGCUCAACACCGAGCUCUACAACCCCAACAUCAAGUCGCAGAACCGCAUGUCCUGCGCCGACUUCUCCCGCAACCUGCGCGGCGUCAACGCCGGCCAGGACUUCGCCCCGGAGUUCCUGCAGGAGAUCUACGACUCCAUCCGCCACGACGAGAUCAUCCUGCCCGACGAACACGACAACCAGCACGCCUUCGACUUCGCCUGGCGCGAACUCCUGCGCAAGUCCGCCUCCGCCGGCGAGCUGGCCGUCCCCGGCGAGGCCACCAACCGCUACGACGCCGACAUGUUCGCCGCCACCUGGCGCCCCGUCGUCGCCACCCUGGCCUACGUCUUCAUGUCCGCCUCCGACGACGCCGUCUACGCCCGCGUCGUCAUGGGCUUCGACCAGUGCGCCCAGAUCGCCGCCCGCUACCGCCUGUCCGACGCCUUUGACCGCAUCGUCGACUGUCUCGCCACCAUCAGCACCCUGGCCACCGACGUGCCCCCCAGCACCGCCCUCAACACCGAGGUCCAGGUCGACCAGCAGAAGCGCGUCAUGGUCAGCGAGCUGGCCGUCAAGUUCGGCCGCGACUUCCGCGCCCAGCUCGCCACCGUCGUCCUCUUCCGCGUCCUGGCCGGCAACGAGUCCGUCGUCCGCGACAGCUGGGGCCCCGUCCACCAGAUCCUCCGCAACCUGUUCGUCAACUCCCUCAUCCCCGCCUGGGGCGGGGAUCUCACCGCGCCGCUGGCUCUCCCCGCCAUCCCGCUCCAGCCGGCCUCCCAGGUCGUCGACCGCGACGGGAAACCGACCGAGUCGGGCCUGCUGUCGGCCUUCACCUCCUACCUGUCCAGCUACGCCGCCGACGAUCCGCCGGAGCCGUCCGACGAGGAGCUGGACAACACCCUCUGCACGGUCGACUGCGUGACCGCGUGUGCCAUCCCCGACGUCGUCGGCCAUCUCCAGUCCCUGCCCCUGGAGGCCGUCGGGCCCCUGGUCGAGUCGCUGCUCGCGAUGCUGCCCGAGGAGAGCACACCGGCCGUCAUCGUCGUCAAGCCCGAACGACCGGCCCCCACCCGCGGCGCCCGCGGUCCGCUCCACGAUUCCCGCACGGCCUACGACCCGGGCAUGAUCUACCUGCUCGAGUUGGCCACCAUUCUGACCCUGCGCGACCGGGCGACCCUGGAAGCGAUGGGCGAGCGGCUCUUGGCGGCCUUGCAGGCAUUCAUCCGGGGAGCCCGGAAUCUGCACUCCCUCGCCUUGUCGCGUGUGGUCUCUUACUUGCUCAACCUGCUGCGUUUGAGCCAUGAUCAACCCUUCAUGCGCGUCCCCGUCAUCCUCCACAACAUCUCGGGCUUCGACCAGGACAUUCUCGAAAGCGUAGCCGUGCCCAUCGUCCAAGGCCUCACCCGGUGCAUCGCGAAUCCCGAACCCCUGCGGAACGAGAUCACGAUCUCUCCGGAUUUCUGGUCCAUCCUGCAGAGAUUGCACCAGCACAAAGAAGCCGCGCCUCUGGUCUUUGAGCUCCUCCAGCUGAUCGUGGACGCGGCUCCCGCCAUCGUGACGGCCGACAAUUACGAGUCUGCGGUCGCUCUGGCGAAUGAUUUUAUCAGCGCUGGCAGUGUGGGGUCUGUUGAUGAGCGGCAUCAUGAUGCGAUGCCCCGUCGGAAGGGUGCCAAGCAGUCGAAGUCGAAGGAUAAUGAGAUUGUAUCGCGUGGUCUGAAGGCGAUCGGUCUUAUCUACCGUCUCACCGGGCGGGUUCCGGCAUUGAUCCAGCAGUCUCACCUGGAAAAGAACGAAGCGUGGUCCGCCUACUGGUCGCCCGUCCUCCACACUCUGACCUCUCAAUGUACCAAUCCCUGUCGAGACAUUCGGCACCACGCCGUGUCCACCCUCCAGCGGUCCCUCCUGUCAAUCGAGAUCAGCUCCACGGACGACAAAGAAUGGACAGCCAUCUUCGACCAGGUUCUCUUCCCGCUGGUCCUACGCUUGCUCAAGCCCGAGGUGUACCACUCCGACCCUGUCGGAAUGAGUGAAACCCGCGUCCAAGCCGCAACCCUAGUCUGCAAGAUCUUCCUCCGCUACCUCGACCAACACCCCAACCGGGCCGGCAUGCUCGAUCUCUGGCUUAAGAUCCUCGAUAUCCUAGACCGCAUGAUGAACAGCGGUCAGGGCGACAGCCUGGAGGAGGCCAUCCCCGAAAGUCUCAAGAACGUCCUCCUCGUCAUGGCCGACGGCGGCUACCUCGUCCCGCCCUCCCAAGACCCCAGCAAGGAGCAGAUGUGGACUGAAACCAAGAAACGCCUCGAGCGUUUCCUCCCAGACCUCUUCCAGGAAAUCUUCGCCCAGGCUCCUAAGGAUCUGCCGCUUCCUGCCUCGAGGAUUCCUUCUCCCGCGCCUUCCCCUGCGCCUGAGGCUUCGGCUUCGGCUUCGGCUUCGGCUUCGGCUUCGGCUUCAGAGGAGCCACCAUCUAAAGAGGGAGCCCCUGCAGAAGAAGCACAAACCUCUGAACCUCAACAACAAGAGGAGGAGGAGCAGCAGGAGGAGAAGCAGGAGUCGACAGAAGGCGAAAAGGAAAACGAAAUCCAACCCACGAACUAA